UGACCCGAUGGUGGCUGAGAUUGAGGAGCUGAGAGCCGCUCUGGAGUAGACAGAGAGCUUGUCAGCUCAUUAAAACUUAAAUUUGAAUUAGAAAACCUUCUUAUCAUUUCAGGUUGUCAUGAUGGCUGAGGAGCCGAAGAAGGAGCAGGACACCAGUGUUCACUUAGAAAGGAUGAAGAAGAACCUGGAGGUCACAGUCAAGGACCUGCAGCACCAUCUGGAUGACGCUGAGAAUCUUGCCAUGAAGUAUGGCAAGAAGCAGCUCCAGAAACUGGAAUCAAGGGUAUGCACUCUAGAAGCGAUAGUUGAGGCCAAGCAGAGACAUGAAGGUGAUGCUCCACCAAAUAUAAAUAUGAGAAAAUAUGAAAGAAAAGUGAAGGAGCUGACCUACCAGACUGAGGAGGACAAGAAUAUGCACAGACUUCAGGACCUGGUGGAUAAGCUGCAGUUCAAAGUGAAGGCUUACAAGAGACAGGCUGAGGAGGCUGAGGAGCAGGCCAACACUCACUUGUCCAGGUUCAGGAAGGUCCAGCAUGAGCUUGAGGAAGCUGAGAGCCAAGAGCUGUGAGGCUGGAAAGGUAAAUUUGUUAUAGGUUGUUUGCAUUGUUACAAUAUCAGUUGUUUUGAAAUGAGAAGCCAGUAGAUUGAUUUGAUGCUGUGUACUUUCACUGUUGACAUUGUAAAUCAAUACCACUUUAUAUUACUCAAGUGAUUGCAUAUUUCCACAUGAAGAGAGA